AUGUUGGCAAACUUCCAAGAAUAUGCGUUCCGCGUCUGCAAAAACGUUACUCCACCAGAAAUUUCAAGUGCAGAAAUUGAUUUUGAGCCGUCGGAUUCAGAACAUUGGGACAGCGACAGCGAAAACGUUCAGGAUCUCAAAGAGUACGACAGCAGUGAAGAUGAUGGCAACGAUUCACUAGAAGAGUGUGAUGAAUCAGAUGGAAUAGAUGAUGACAGCGGCGAUUGUGAGAUUGUUGAUGAGAAUGAAGCGAUGGAAGAGAGCAGUUCUCGAUACUUCGUUUCUUCGGAAAAAGUCUAUCAAUUAUUCGACAUGCUCAGUGACUUGCAAAAAGGGGGGCCUAGUGUCUAG